UCUCGGCCUUUCUUUACCCCUUUAGCGGUGAAGGUGCAACAGUUAUCGGUCGUCCCGAAGCCGGGUUCAUCCGACACCCUCACCAACGAAGCUGAACUGAGCUCAACCUCCACUACAGCAACAUGCCGCCCAAAUUCGACCCCAACGAAAUCAAAAUCGGUAUGUUUUCUGGGUAAUAAACGCUGACGUGGUUCUCACAGCAGAGAUGAAGCCGCUGUUAGCCGGCUACCCGCGCGCCCGGUGGCCCGCGGGCCGAGCGCUGAAAACGUCUACAUGAGGUGCACAGGAGGGGAAGUCGGCGCCACCUCUGCUCUGGCUCCUAAAAUCGGACCUUUGGGUCUGUCUCCAAAGAAAGUCGGUGACGACAUCGCCAAGGCAACCGGAGACUGGAAGGGCCUGAGGAUCACCGUGAAGCUGACCAUCCAGAACCGGCAGGCCGCUAUUGAGGUGGUUCCCUCGGCUUCUGCUCUGAUCAUCAAAGCGCUGAAGGAGCCGCCUCGCGACAGGAAGAAGGUCAAGAACAUCAAACACAGCGGCAGCGUCACGUUCGAUGAGAUCGUUGGCAUCGCCCGGGUCAUGAGGCCGCGCUCCAUCGCCAGAGAGCUCUCAGGAACCAUCAAGGAGAUCCUGGGCACGGCUCAAUCAGUUGGCUGCACCAUCGACGGCCACGCCCCUCAUGAUGUCAUCGAUGACAUCAACAGUGGGAAAAUGGAAUGUCCUUCAGAGUAAAGAUGGCGGUUCUGGAAUAAAAUGUGUUGAAACCGA